UUUGUGCAUUUAAUUCAUCUCCAAGCAACCACCACUACUGAACAUCCUAUAAAAAGCCAAAUUAAGAAUCUGAAAGAUGAAGCAUCUCACACUAAAUAAAAUACUCUAGUGGUACUAGUAUCUGCUCUUCUAACAUUGAAGAGAAGGUAAACCAAAAGCCACCAACAUGACAACCCUAGUUUCCUUGCUUCUCUUCCUCAUUCUUUCCUCGUCUACCAUCACCAGAGCUCAAGAAAGAGCCCCCCACGGGCUUGCAUACGAGAGUCCAAUGGCUAUCUCACCUGAAGCCUAUGACUUCUUCCAUCCCGACACACAACCACAGCGGGGUAAUGGCCCUUGUUUUUCACCAGAAUGCUCGACAUUGCCUGAAGCAGCAACCGUGCUGUCAACUCCAGCACACGAAAGCACAGCACCACCAGAUGCAGGUAAAAAGCGUCUGGGAGCUGGUAGUAUUGCUAGCAUCCCUAUUGGCUUGGUGUUUGCUCUGCUUGCGGGAGUUGGUGUUUACUAUGUUGUGAUGACCCGUCAGACCAAUGCAGCCCGAGCCAAAGCUGCACAGCAGCUUCAACCUGCCGUUUAACAUGUUCUUCUCUCUAUUUACAAUAGGCUGAAUCAAAUUCGGGACACGGUCAAUGCCUUUACAGAAUGCCAGCUUGAGUUUGUAAUUUUCGUUCUUACGCAUGUGAUCUGGCUCAUGAGCCAUAGCUAUCGUUUCUACUCUAGAUUCAAGCCAUGUAUCUUUGUGCAGAUGAUAUGCUUUUACAAGUGAUACCUAUUAUUUCUGCAGUAGAGAUAAGUGAUAUAUUGUAAUCCAGAUGAUAUACUUGACGAGUAGUAGCAGAUAUUUCCAUAUUGAAGUAUGGAUUGUUAUACAGAUGCGGUUCUCACAUCAACCAAAGGCUAUAAUUUUUCUUUCUUA